GACCAGAGACUGCGGACACAGUACAGGAGAUGACCAGAGACUGCAGACAUACUACAGGAGAUGACCAGAGACUGCGGACACAGUACAGGAGAUGACCAGAGACUGCGGACAUAGUACAGGAGAUGACCAGAGACUGCGGACACAGUACAGGAGAUGACCAGAGACUGCGGACAUAGUACAGGAGAUGACCAGAGACUGCGGACAGUACAGGAGAUGACCAGAGACUGCAGACAUAGUACAGGAGAUGACCAGAGACUGUGGACAGUACAGGGGAUGACCAGAGACUGCGGACAG